AUGUAUUCAGUCCUUCCAGCAGGCCAUGAUCCUAAAACUCCUGAAACAGAUGCAGAUUUUGAGAAAGAGUUAGAAGAGGAAGAAUUUAGAAAAUCUCAAGGUGUAAAGUAUUGGGAGAAAAAGCAUGGCAUCCAGAAGGCUAAGGUAUCUGAAAUAUCUCCUGAGAAAGCAGAAGAAAGGGCUAUGAAAGCUAAACUUUGUGUCAAGGCAUAG